UUGUCGGGCUUAUGUUAAGAAAGCUAUGUUGAAUUUCGUCCAAAGAAAUUUUGAAGUAUUGAUGGCCACUGAACUUGUGCUUGAACUAGCACUGGGUUGGUUUUAAAUUGUUGUAUCAUUCCUAGGUUGUGUUGGUUUAUUAAUGAAUACUCCAGAUGUGAAUAUAUUAAGCAUAAUAUUUUCACAGCGGAAGAUAAAAAUGAAAUGAAAAGUUUAGCCUGUAAAAAAUAUAUUGUGUUUGUGACAAUUUUUGCAGAAUGACUGAUCCUAAUAAGUACAGAACAGCAGCCAGCAACAGUCAAAUGUUAAGAGAUAUAAACAAGAAUUUACAGCAUUUACAUGUUCAAAAGCAACAACAGCAACAACAACAACUUGAGCAACAGAAUAUUAACCCAGUUCUUCAGAGUCAAAACUCUUUUGAACAACAGUUAUCCAUGUCUAGUAACAUCAAUGCCUUAACACAGAGCUCUGCUGGAGAUAGACGGUCUUUCCCACGAACCACAAACAAAGCACAUGCACUUGAAGAAAUAAGAAAAAACUUAUUGCCAUUUGCAUGGAGAAAUGGUGCCACGCUACCCCAUCACACUAAUGGCUGUUAUUUUGCUAAUUCCACAAAAUUUCAAAGUGUUAAAAGUAGUUCAUUUACUGACUUAAAUCAGGCUGUUGCCAAGGAACAACAAAUGCCUGCGGAUCAACAACAAAAAGUUAUGUUUUUAUCCUCUAAAGGAUAUGAUGAGGUUUUGGUAGCUGAAAUUCUACGAAACGACCCGAAUAAAAGUAUUGAAAAUGUAGCUGAGAUGUUGAAAUCUAUAUCCUUAGCACGAAAUUCGAAGCCUACUAAUUACGUCACUCACGUGCAGAGGAGCCCUCCAUCGUACAACAUCGCUUCAUACAAUUCCCGACCAACUUCGUCCAAUAUGAACAGUUCACAAAGCAGGAUGCAGUAUUCAACUCCAAGGUUCAAUUCCCACCAUUAUACGAAACCUUCGAUUCACGAUUCUGGAUACCGACCCCCGUACUCUUCGAAUCAAGCAAUUUUCGACAGCCAAUCGAUUCAAAGACAGUAUUCAGGAGAAGAUAAGUCUAACGGCGUCACGGGUGAAUACAAUCCGUACUCACAAGCUUCAUACUCUGAUAAGAAAACACACCCCGCUGUCUUUUCUGUUAAUCCCGACAUGCACUCCACCGUUGAUCAUAUUAUGCAAAAUUCAAGUAAGGAAGCUGCAAGCUGGAAAGUUCAAAAGUCAAUUGAAAAAUAUGCCAGGCAAAAUGAAGGAGUAACAUUGAGGCCCAAACCAUCCGAACGCAAGAUGAACCCUCAAAAUCGUUGGUCAGCGGAGGUAUUAAAUAAUGCUUAUGACUAUGCUGACAAACGCAACUCGAUGGAAACAAUCCCAAACAAACCACCACCACCCUACCCAGGAGCGAAACCAGCCCUGAAAAGAAUUUCUAGUCAGGACAGAGAAGUUGUUGGUACUAAUAAUCCAGUAACUGUUAUAUUUGACGAAAAAAAUGAUAGAGUUAAUGUGGUGGGUGGCGUUCCAGAGGGAUACGAAAGCAUGAUGACAUCAUCUCCAUCUUCGUCUGGUCAGUCGUCUCCACGGUCGCUACAGAAAGAACCGCCACCUUACGGCUAUGGGACGAGUGUUCCGCAUCAGAUAAGGCAGUUUAGUCCAAAAUCUAGCGUGACGCAGAUCACGCCAUUACACCCCGUUCAGCAACAGCAUCCUCCUCAACAACAGCCAGAGCAUGUUUUCGCUGUCCCGCAGGUACCAACUCACCCACAGAAACCUGAAUCUCACUUCGUGCCGAUCAAAGAAUCAUCCUGUCGGGACAGAGGCUCUCCACCACCAUAUCCUGGAAUUAAUACACACAGAGGAAGUAAUCGUAGCUCAAUAAAUUUGGACGAACUUGAAAGCAGCGCAUUUCAAUCAUAUUCCUCUGGUUCUGGCUCAUCGAGUAAAAAGACUUCUACUGCCACCGAACCGGGCUCGUUUUAUCAGUCUGAUUCAUCCGCCAGCACUUCACCAACGCCAGAUGGAGUGGAGCGGUCUUACUCUCCCUUACCAACUUUCACAUCUCCAUGCCAUACCAUGGUUGUACAUUCUAAAGAUAAAAAAGAAAGACAAGACGAAAGUGUGCCUGACCAAGAACCUUUCUCUACCAGGUUAAAAAAUUACACUCCGCAAGCUUACAAAUUUUACAUGGAACAACACGUAGAAAAUUUGUUAAAACUUCAAGAACAGCGACGUCACAGAAGAAGGCAACUCGAAGCUGAAAUGGCCCGGGUUGGUCUUCCGGAACAAGCUCAGGAGGAAAUGCGGAAAUUGUUGAAUCAAAAAGAGUCAAAUUAUAUCCGACUUAAACGAGCCAAAAUGGAUAAGUCUAUGUUUUCCAAGAUCAAGGUGGUUGGUGUAGGUGCAUUUGGCGAGGUUGCUUUGGUGAGGAAAAACGGCACAAGUGCUUAUUACGCUAUGAAAACGCUACGCAAAAGUGUUGUGCUCCGUCGCAAUCAAGUAGCGCACGUAAAAGCAGAACGUGAUAUUUUAGCUGAAGCAGAUAACGAAUGGGUUGUGAAAUUAUACUAUUCCUUCCAAAACGAACAAAAUUUGUACUUUGUUAUGGAUUAUGUACCAGGCGGUGAUUUGAUGGCUUUACUUAUUAAGCUCGGCAUCUUUCGAGAGCCACUCGCUCGUUUUUAUAUUAGUGAACUUGUUCUUGCUAUCGAGUCUGUGCACAAGCUUGGAUUUAUACAUCGAGACAUCAAACCGGACAAUGUUCUCAUUGAUUCUAAUGGACACAUAAAAUUAACAGACUUUGGUCUAUGUACAGGUUUCCGUUGGACACAUGAUUCGAAAUAUUACCAGCCAGAACCAGAGGGAGGCGGGCAUACUCGUCAAUUUUCAAUGGAGCCUGAAGGGGGUUGGGAGUCGAUGCUAAACGAUGUGGAUUGUAAUUGUAAGAGUCAUCGCUUGAAAUACGAUUUGUGCAAACCGUUAGAACGUAGACAGCUGCGGCGUCAUAUGCGGUGUCAAGCUCACUCCCUAGUUGGCACUCCAAACUAUAUCGCACCUGAAGUGCUUAUGAGAAUUCCGUACUCACAGCAGUGUGAUUGGUGGUCUGUGGGAGUGAUAUUGUACGAGAUGAUCAUUGGACAGCCUCCCUUCUUUGCCCACUCUGCAGCAGAGACUCAACUAAAGGUUAUCAACUGGCAGCAAACUUUAACCAUUCCAAAACAUCGUCUUCCGAAAGAAUCCGAAGAUUUAAUCCGACGAUUAUGUGCGGCACCCGAUGAACGACUGGGCAAGGAUAGUGCUGAUGAUAUAAAACAACACCCAUACUUCAACGGUGUGAACUUUAGCACGAUCCACCAGGAGAAGGCUCCGUAUAUUCCAACUAUUCGGAAUCCUACUGACACGUCUAACUUUGAUCCAGUACCCGAAAACAUGUGCAACGGAUCUGACUCUGAUGGCAAUAAACCAGACGAGGAGGAUACAAAAAAAGGACCAGAAUACGCCUUCUAUGAGUUCACCUUCCGACAUUUCUUUGACGAUGGCGGAAUUGCUAACUCGAAUGUUGAAAUGCCUGAGAAAGAGGCCAAACCAAAAGCGCUAAAUCAUGCAAAGAGAUCGGCAACAACAAGCAACAAAUCGAUGAGUGUUCCAAGCAAAGUGGCUGCGCACAGUCCCUCUGUGUCAGAGGAGAAAGCCCCUGUGUAUGUUUGACGAAGAAGAAAGUCACUCGCAACAAAAAUCCAACCUUUUUAUAAAUUAUUUUGUUUACUAUAAUAGCAACAAAUGCCUCGAU